AUGCCAGGCCGUUUAUCUGCACAGGCCGAGGCCAUUGCCUCCAAAGUAAAACAAUUCGAUGCGUCCAAGGAAAAUCCUAGUCGUGCUGAGCGUCUGCAACUGAUCCAGUCCUUGGAAAAGCUGACAUUGCAAUUGAAGGAUCCGAAGGAGGCGAUAUUUGACCAUUUGACCAAUAAAACUACAGCCCGCUUGAUGCGCAUUCUUACUGUAACGGGCAUCUUCGAAAUGGCCGGACCCGACGAAUAUGCUCAUACGCCAUAUUCAUUGGCGUAUAUCGAGGGACACGAAGUUGACUUUCUCAAAUUGUGCUGCGACGAAAUCCUCGUCAACACAUCCCGCCUACCAGAAUACUUCCGCGCAGUGGGUGGCCGAGACUCGACAAGCAUGACCGAAAAUCUCUUUUCCUGGGGAAACAACAAACCCGGUUCCAGCUUCUUUGAGAUCAUUUCUCAAGACCCACGCCGAAUCAAGCAGUUCGACAUUGCCAUGUCGACGCAGGACUCCACGCUGCCCGUUCUGGGCAUGUAUCCCUUUGGCGAAGAGCUUGCUAAUGCGCCGGAUCUGGAGAAUAGGGCAGUACUUGUUGAUAUUGGUGGUGGCCGAGGUCAGUCUCUGUUGCAAAUCAAGCAGAAAUGGCCCCAGCUUCAGGGGAGAUUGAUCCUUCAGGAUCGCCCUAUGGUGCUUGAUUCGUGUCCUGAUUUGCCCGGUAUUGAGAAAAUGCCGCAUGAUUUCUUCACUGAGCAGCCUGUGAAACACGCUCAUGCAUACUACAUCCGUCGCUGUCUGCACAACUGGACGGAUGAGCACUGCGCCAAAAUCCUUAAAGCUAUCGUGCCAGCUAUGGCGUCAGAUUCGCGCGUUCUCAUAGGCGAAAUGGUGGUUCCAGAGUACAACAGCGUUCGGCCCGGCGGCGUGGAGGAUAUGGCGCCAUACUGGAUGGAUCAUAACAUGUUUGCGUUUGGUGGACGAGAGCGCACAAGGUCGGAUUUUGAGAGGCUAGUCACCGAGUCGGGAUUGAAGUUAGUCAAGGUCUGGCAAAGUGAGGCGUCUAGUCAGGCUGUUUUAGAGGCGAGAAUGAAGAUGACUGUCAUUUCAUAUGACCAUUUUCGCCGGUUUCCCUUGUCGUUGCCAAAACCCAAGAUCUCUAUAUACAAAUAUUCAACCAGUGUAUCAGACUUUUUGUCAAAUUCUUCUUCGUGCUUCCUCGUCGAAAACAUGGUUCGCUCUUAUAUACUCGACAACGGUACAUACAUGUCCUCUAUGGACGAGAUAGCCGCUUUUAUGGAUCGAAUCAGUCCAAAAACGUGCGAUGGAGUGUGUCUUCCCCAUGGCCUCGCGAGGUUAAUGAAUUCAAUCAAUUAUCCGAUCCCUGAUAACAGCAUUCAACUGCGCUGUAUCAAAUUUAACCAAGUCGUCAAUGAAUGGAAGUACCGGCAUCCUGCCUUGUUGGUACUCAAUAUGAUACAGGGCUUGUACCGGAUUAUGAAGUUAGAUCCUGGGCCAAUCCCGUACUACGUUGAAUACCUCGACAAGUCAAACUACUUUUUUGCAUCGCUUGGUCUAAUGCGUCGAGUCAUGCUACGAUUCAAACAGGUUUGUCCAGCGACACAUGUGAAUAUCCUGAUUGAACAUACGGGUCCAUAUUACAAGUGGCCUGAAGAGUUGGCCAUGUUCCUGCAUGUUUUGUCGCAGAUGACGAGACACCCCUCAUACAUGCCUCGAAGACUCAAGGUGGUUAUGGCCGGGAGUGAUGCUUUCAUGGAUGACGUUUGGUACUCAUUUCGAGGCAUGAUCAAGGAAGAAAUAAAGACAAAGGAUAUGGGUUUGGUAGACCUGGAAGCCCAGAUGUCAAUCUAUCUUGGGGACAUUUUGUACUUGCAGUGGCAUGAGCGAUCGAAAAAGCAUCAUAGGGAUGAAAUGCCCAGGGGGGAAGAAUGGACAAGGGAUGCCGAUGAGAAAUAUUCGAAGACUUUCACUUUGGGUGAAAUCAGCGAUUUUGUACGACAAGUUGGGGAAACUGGCAAAUGCAAACCUAUGAAUUUAGAUUUUUCUGAUUAUACCCAUCCUGAUAGAGAGAAGAGCGUGACACAUGAUCUGAUACAUGAUGCAGUAUUCAUGAAUUGGGCGAAGGCAGAUACAUCCGGUUUCUGUGUCAUAAACGGGCAAUGUUCGGAACGGAGUCACCAAGGAGUUGGAUGUGAUAAUUUGCGUCUCGUAUCGGAGUUUUCAAACUCGGUCUUGGAUCCAAUAUCAACACGGGAUUAUGCCGAAAUUCGCUUGUACUGCGUUGACUACAACACCGAGGGAGAUGAGUGGGAGUACCGGCAUACUUGCUGCCUGGUGGCCGCGCUGAUAUAUGAAUUGAUCCAACUUCUUCCCUUUGACUCUUGCAAGCGCAUAAAAAUAAAGGGACGUAACCUCGACAAGGAUUUACGUAACCACGACCUUUUCCUUUCCAUUUUCAUGCUGGAAGAAAUCGUGAAACUCUUCAGCAAGUCCCUCCCAACGAAACAUGUGGCUAUUUUUAUCGAGCGAGUGACGCCAAUGUACCCGUGGAAGUCCAGCCUGAGCAUCUUUCUGCACGUCUUGUCGCAGAUAACGAGGCUCCCCGGCUAUAUGCCUGAGAGACUCAAGAUCAUUGUCAUCGGAAACGACUGGUCUAGAAACGAAGAGUUUUGGAAUCAUAUCAGAAAGAAGGUGAUUGAAGAGUUCAAAGACAGAGUGGAGUUACUUGGUCCCAAAACUGCUUUUGAGCAAUUGGCGCUGUUCUUCUCGCGAGAGUUGCACUUGAACAUGAUCGACCCUGGGAGCAAGGAUGAGCCUAGCCAUUACGAACCGAUCAGGUUCCUGAAGGGAUGCUUGGAGAAUAUAAUGUCGAAAUCCGACGAGCAGAUGCUGGUGCCUUACCAGAUUAGAUAG